AAUUACCAACCCAUGCAUAAAUUUCUCGAUGACACAAAAAAUUAAACUCACUUCCAAAACCUAUUAAAUUCUUUUUUGGGGGUGUGGAUAUAGUCGUUGACAGUAAUAGUUCUUGCAAUUAAAUUGGGACCCCGAUCUGAUUAAGAUAAGAUUAUUUGUUCUGCUCACAUACAUCGCUUCCCAAGGCCUUGCCUUGUGUAGCGAUCUAUGUUAGCGGAUCAAAGGAUCUCAUUUUAAACAGAUUGAGGGGCCCCCCGACCCCCCUCUUCAUCAAAUAAUCAAUUACUGAUGAUAAACCUUAAAAUGGAGGGGAUUUCAAGGUAAGGAUUAUAUUUUACUUCUAAAUUUUAAACGAAAAUUAUCUAAAUCGUACGUGGUUGCUUGAGAUAAUAAUCUUCAUUGUUUUAUAUUCCAGUGUAGUUCAGGAUGUUUGCCCCAUUAUAAUUAAGGCUAGUACUUGUAAAUAAUGAAUCACAUUCAUUAUAAAUAAACCACUCCACAGAGAGUCGAUUUAUUAUUAAAGUCGACAUUACGGCUUUGAGCUUCCACUUUGUGUCCUGAGUCUUAUUAAUAUUUCAAGGAUUCAUUUGCAGGCGCUAGGCCUCAGUUUAAAAACGAAUCUCUUUAUUCAUAUAGUUAUGGGAAAAUGGUCAACUUUAUUUGCCUUAAGGUAGUGAGCUAUGGUACCCGCGUAACAUGUGUAGCCAUUGAUGAACAAGACUACGAAGUCACAGUGAAUAAAAACGUAUUGUGUGUCACCGAAUCAAGAUUACAAGGAUAUGAAAAUUUUGUAAAAUGAAAGGACGUAACAUCAAGAUAGUUUUCUUUCUGAUGGUGGUAAGAAUGAUGUACACAAAGGGGAGUUACCUGCGUGAAAAAUUUAAUUUUAAACAAGAUGAAAAAGUCGAAAUUUUGAAUGCUACUUCUUUCCUUCGAAAUAUGCUGUUUAACAAAAACUCGGGCUAUAAAGAAGCAGACGACCCUAUUUCGCGCGCUGGAUUACGGUUUGAAAUUUCAAGAUUAGAAAAGUUUGAUGAAAUUGCAGGAGACCUCCAACUUCUUUCCUCUCUUUUUAUGCUUUGGUCUGACGUCAGAUUGGCUUGGGAUCCCGAUAGUUUCUCCGUAUUUCAGGAAAAGGCUGGAUACGCUUUAAAAGUUGAUUACUUACAGAUGAAAAUAAAAGACAUCUGGACACCAGACAUAAAAUUAUUUAAUCCUCUAAAGGAAAUGGAUAUAUUCAAAGAAAAAGAAAAUGACAAGGCCACUCUUGGAUUCCCUGGUAUGCUGUUCUAUGACGGCUUACUGAAGACAGAAACCUACUGUAAACCGAACCUAAAGGACUUCCCUUUUGACGAACACGAAUGUUCCGUCCAAUUUGUUGUAACUUCUACAUUAAUUGCAAACAUAAACAAGGAAUCCCAAGUCUUCAAUGACAAUGCUAAAUGGAUGUAUUUUCAAAUGGCACCAUGUGACCUUGACCUUGCACCAAGCCGUUAUGGAGUAGAACAUAACAAUGAGCGUCGCGUUCUCGUUUUUCCUGUCAAACUUAUUCGUAGACCCUCUUUUCUCUUUGUGAAUAUCGCUGUCCCACUUUUUGUUCUUAGUAUUUUAAAUAUAGUUGUCUACUUUAUCCCAGCCGUCCCAGAAGAUAGACUGUCCUUUUGUAUUGCCCUUCUGCUAUCAUUCACAGUGUAUCUUAUCUAUGUUGCUGGACUUAUUCCUGAAACCUCGAACCCAGUUCCUCGGGUGAUCUAUUUUCUGGUGUUUCAGUUCCUGCUAAGUGCCUUCAUAACAACUUCCAGUUUUCUGACUGCGUUGCUUAACCAGCGGCACGAACAAACACCAAUACCAAUCGUAUUCCAACGAAUUAUUGAUAAAAUACAUAAAACACGUGCUCGAAAAGUUGAGAGGCAACAAGGGGAAACGAAUCAUCGGACUGAAAAUAACACAACAGUAACGAGUGGAGACCAACAUGUCGAUAACGAAGAAGUUAAAAACAAUGGUGUCUUUUACACAAAGACAACUUGGAAAAGCAUUGCGUUCCUUGUGGACAGAGUAUGUUUAACUGUAACUGUGAUCAUUCUUGUGAUAGAAGUCAUACUAUUCUCAUAUCUUGCUUCUAAAUUAUCAAACGAGGUGAAUCCUGAUUUUAAAUCUGAAAUAUGUAAAGGAAGUGGACCAAGUAAUCUGACAAAAAUUUGCUUUGAUGACAUAUCUGGUUUUUGUAUUAACCCAACUGAUAUAGCAUGAUAUUCUCUGUUGUUGAUUUUCGUUACAUUAGAUUACAUAUUUUAUAGUUAAAAAAACUGAUACAUGUAUAUAUGCAUGCGUAUAUUACAUU